GUUCAAAGCAUUGGAAAGAACCCCUGCACAUCUUCUUCUUGCCUCUUUGCCAUGUAGUAUAGAUACACACAUCCGCGGCGCCAUAAAGCAGCACUAGUAAGUGGAAUGGUCCAUGGAAGGCUCUUGCUUCACCAGUUUUGUUCCAUUCCCGUCACGUCGAAUUCAGGGAUAAAAGGGGACACGACCUGGUGCUGCGAAUUUCCUUUGUCCCCGCGCUCUAAACACCAUCACAACAUAAAAUAUUGCGGGCGUUUUCUCUCGUCGUAAAUGAUGAAAGAUGCUGACUUCAUGUGCGAGCACUCCUUCGACCGUAGGCAACAGUGGGGUAGAAAAUUCAAAAAUAGUUUUUUUUUGUCUGGCUCUUCUUAUCUUUCCUGGCGGGGGCAUCCCUUAUCGUUCGCGGCGAGACUCUAUACUAUUUCUUUUGGUCUGCUCACCGCCUUUCUGUUCAUUCUCGGUCAGCCUUCAUUGUGUGGCGCUAUCUCCUGCGUUGCUAUCGUCCUCGGCUUCCCUUUGACAGCCAUGUACAUCUUUUUGGUGCGAACAAAUGCGCAUACUGACAAUCAAGCCCUGAAUGGUCGUAGGGUAGCUAUUCUUAGCAACAUAGCUUGAAGUGCUUCAUGGUUAAAGUCCACGAUCUCGCUACAUCGGGUCCGCUUCAACGCGGUGCGUACUCCAUCCUUCACGAGCAGUAUGAGGACAGAGAGUUGACUUGUUUGCCUUUGCCAUGAAUCAUGGAAAACUUCAUUUUUGAGUGCACGCGGUCGUGUGACAGAAUGCAGUGUAUUAUGGGCACUGCCAACCUGCCGCGCCCGAUACUUUGUCAUUUUGGACUUCAGACCUAAACUCCAAAAAUAAGUUUGUAGGCGUUUUGUUUCUAUUUUUGUAGUUUUCUGGAGGGGAUAAACAUGCUCGCGUGUAAGACGCGUCUUCCAUUUCGUAAGCGUUCUGUAUAGCCUCUAGACAUAGAACACCUCUCAACGUAGUCCAUUACCACCAUUGCUCCAGAUCCCUAUUGUAAAAUACAGUCGACAUAUCCUUUCCUAUAGGC